AUGGAGGAGAAAAGUAAGGACCACCGGGCUUUGCUCAACCAAGGAGAGGAGAAUGAACUGGAGGUGUUUGGUUACCGGACCCAGAAUCUACGCAGAGCCCUCUGCCUUAUAACAUCCAUGCUGACCUGCGGGUUUCUUCUGUUGGUGUUCUAUUGGAAGCCCCAGUGGAGGGUGUGGGCCAACUGCAUUCCAUGCCCCUUGCAAGAAGCAGACACUGUUUUGCUAAAAACAACGGAUGAAUUUCAAAGAUAUAUGAGGAAGAAGGUUAUAUGCCUCUACUUAUCCACACUGAAGUUUCCUAUAAGCAAGAACCCAGAAGAACCCCUGGUGGCUGACCGCCACUCUGUCAUUAACCAAGCCGUAUUGAAGCCAGAAUUAAAACUGCGAUGUAUACAAGUGCAAAAAAUCAGGUACAUUUGGGACUAUUUGGAGAAGAGGUUUCAGAAAGUUGGGCUGCUGGAAGAUAGCAACUCCUGCCAUGACAUCCACCACACGUUUGGACUGGGCCUGACCAGUGAAGAACAAGAGGUCAGAAGAUUAGUGUGCGGGCCCAAUGUCAUUGAGGUAGAAAUCCAGCCCAUAUGGAAGCUGCUUGUUAAACAGUUUUUAAAUCCAUUCUACUUGUUCCAAGCCUUUACACUAACUUUGUGGCUGUCUCAAGGUUAUGUAGAAUACUCUGUGGCCAUCAUCAUCUUGUCUGUUAUCUCCAUUGUCUUAAGUGUGUAUGAUUUGCGACAGCAAUCAGUUAAGCUGCACAAGCUUGUGGAGGAUCACAACAAAGUCCAGGUUACAGUCAUCGUAAAGGGCACAGGUUUGCAGGAGCUGGAAUCCUGUCUCUUGGUUCCUGGAGAUACUCUUAUUCUUCCAGGAAAACUUUCAUUGCCAUGUGAUGCUAUUCUGAUUGAUGGAAGCUGUGUGGUGAAUGAAGGCAUGCUCACAGGAGAAAGUAUACCUGUCACGAAGACACCAUUGCCCCAUGGGGACAACACCGUUGCUUGGAAAUCCCACAGCUUGGAAGAUUAUCGGAAACAUGUCCUUUUCUGUGGGACGGAAGUUAUCCAGGUUAAGCCGUCUGGGCAGGGGCCAGUGAGAGCAGUUGUCUUGCAAACAGGUUACAAUACCGCCAAAGGGGACUUGGUAAGAUCCAUCCUCUACCCUCGGCCUCUGAACUUCAAACUGUACAACGAUGCCUUCAAGUUUAUAGUGUUCCUGGCCUGCCUUGGAGUUGUGGGUUUCUUCUAUGCUCUUGGUGUAUAUAUGUACCAUGGAGUUUCUUCAAGAGAUACUACAGCCAUGGCCCUGCUCCUCUUCACCGUAACUGUACCUCCAGUGCUGCCAGCUGCCCUGACCACAGGCAUCGUGUAUGCACAAAAGAGGCUGAAGAAAAAGAAAAUCUUCUGUAUCUCCCCACAGAGAAUCAAUACGUGUGGGCAAAUAAACCUCGUGUGCUUUGACAAAACUGGCACUCUUACAGAAGAUGGGCUGGACCUCUGGGGGACCAUCCCAACUGCUGACAAACGUUUUCAGGAAGUCCAUAGCUUUGCCUCAGGCAAGGCUUUGCCGUGGAGCCCACUGUGUGCUGCCAUGGCCAGCUGCCACUCUCUGAUCCUUCUCAAUGGGAUCAUCCAGGGAGACCCACUGGACCUCAAAAUGUUUGAGGGCACUGCCUGGAUAAUGGAAGAUUGCAAUGCAGACUACUACAAAUUUGGGAUGUCAGAUUCAAACAUCAUAAUAAAACCAGGACCAAAAUCCAGUUGGAGUCCUGUGGAAGCCAUAGCCAUCCUGCAUCAGUUUCCAUUUUCCUCAAGUCUGCAGAGGAUGUCUGUGGUUGCUCAGAUGGCAGGGGAGGAUCACUUCCAUGUCUACAUGAAGGGUGCCCCAGAGAUGCUGGCCAAGUUCUGCAAGUCUGAAACAGUACCCAAGGAUUUCCCACAGAAACUGAGGAAUUAUACAGUACAAGGCUUCCGUGUCAUUGCCCUUGCCCAUAAAGACUUGAAGAUGAAGAAGCUUUCAGAAGUACAGAAAUUAGCCCGAGAGAAGGCAGAGUCAGAGUUGACAUUUCUGGGACUUCUCAUAAUGGAGAAUCGCUUGAAAAAGGAAACCAAACCAGUCUUGAAGGAACUGAGUGAAGCCCGCAUCAGGACGGUGAUGAUUACUGGUGACAACCUUCAAACAGCCAUUACUGUGGCAAAGAAUUCUGAAAUGAUUCCUAGAGGAAGCCAAGUGAUCCUUGUCGAAGCCAAUGAACCAGAAGAUUUUGUUCCUGCCUCUGUGACUUGGCAGCUGGUCGAGAACCAAGAGAAUGGACUGCAGAAGAGUGAAACCUACCCUAACAUUGGGAACCGUUCAGUGCCUGAUGGAGCAAGAGGGAGCUGUUACCAUUUUGCAAUGAGUGGGAAGUCAUACCAAGUGAUAUUUCAGCAUUUCAACAGCUUGCUUCCAAAAAUGCUGGUGAAUGGAACCAUUUUUGCAAGAAUGUCUCCUGGACAGAAAUCUAGUCUUGUUGAAGAAUUUCAAAAAUUAAAUUACUAUGUGGCCAUGUGUGGAGAUGGGGCUAAUGACUGUGGGGCUUUGAAAAUGGCUCAUGUGGGCAUUUCGCUGUCAGAGCAGGAGGCAUCUGUGGCCUCCCAUUUCACCUCAAAAACAGCCAACAUCGAGUGCGUGCCUCAGCUCAUCAAAGAAGGCCGAGCUGCUCUGGUUUCAUCCUUUGGGGUAUUUAAAUACUUGACCAUGUAUGGCAUGAUCCAGUUUAUUGGUACAUCACUGCUCUAUUGGCAACUACAGCUCUUUGGGAAUUACCAGUAUCUCAUGCAAGAUGUAGCCAUUACCUUGAUGGUCUGCUUAACAAUGAGUUCAACUCAUGCCUACCCAAACCUGGCUCCUUACCGACCAGCAGGACAGCUCCUCUCUCCACCUUUGCUGCUCUCAGUCUUUUUGAACACCUGUUUCACCUGCAUUGUGCAAAUCUGUGCAUUUCUCUAUGUGAAGCAGCAGCCCUGGUAUUGUGAGGUCUACAGAUACAGAUAUAUUUUCAUUUCUGCUGAUGUCUGCCUUGGGCCUCACAGUUUUCAUUCUGUUUUCGGACUUUCAAGAUAUAUACCAUGGAAUGGAGCUCAUCCCAACCCUGACAUCAUGGAGGGUUUCAAUUUUGGUGGUAGUCUUCACCCAAUUCUGUGUGGCCUUCUUUGUAGAGGAUGUCAUCCUUCAAAACCGAAGGCUCUGGCUAUGGAUCAAAAAAGAAUUUGGAUUCUCUUCUAAAAGUCAAUAUAAGAACUGGCAAAAAAAGCUGGCAGAAGACUCCACCUGGCCUCCCACACACAGAACAGAUUAUUCAGGUAAUAGCAAAAAUGGAUUCUAUAUCAAUCUCGGCUUUGAGGACCCUGAACAGAUUCCAAGAGCAAAAGUCGAAUUGGGAGAUCAAACCACAGAACAGCAUUUCUGGACGAGGCUGUAAUCAGAAUCAUUGUUGUACAUGCUUCACACCAUCUCCUUAUUCCCUGAAACUAAACCCAUUUGGAGAAGUGAUGAUAGUCUAUCCUUAACCUUUCUCUCUCCAUCAGAGGGUUCAAAGUGCAUUAUCAAUGUAUUGAACCUUGCAAAAGAGAACCUUAGGGGCGCCUGGGUGGCUCAGCUGGUUAAACCACUGCCUUCAGCUCAGGUCAUGAUCCCAGGGUCCU